AUGGUUGUCAUAGAUAUCGCGCUGGCUCAAGAGAAUGACUGUGAGUUUCUUAGGUUUAUAAAAAGUGAACAUGACCGUAUUCAACUUUAUGUGACCUAUGAGGGUAAUCCUAAUGACGCUCCGAUAAAAGCUAGUUUAGAGAUUGCUCAGAAAUAUGUUCAAGGGAAUAAAAAGAUUAAGAUAAUACCAAGGGUUCCGUUUGACUUCGCUGCCACUUCAUCCAGUCAGCUUGUUCCUGUUUUGACAAGCUCUACGAAGCAUGCUGCUGGUGCAUCCAGGUUCUCUGAAAUGGAUUCAGAUGCUCAAGUCAUUAAGAAUGAAGAUCUUGAAGAGUUAAAGGAACUGGGUUCUGAUACAUUUGGGACUGUUUAUCAUGGAAAAUGGAGAGGAACAGAUGUUGCUAUCAAGAGAAUAAAGAAGAGUUGCUUCACUGGUCGAUCAUCUGAGCAAGAGAGACUGGAUCUGAGAAAGAAGCUAGCUAGGAUGGAAUACGGUGGUGGGAUAGUGGGCGACGGCGGUGUAUUUGGGACUAUGCUAGUGAGAUGGUGGAUCGGGCCGAGGGCGAGUCAAGGUCCAUCAACUUUGGUGAAAGAGAGAUUAGUAGUUGAUGUUGGUUACUUAAAAGAGUACACAAAGAACUCUUCCAACAACGUUCUUAUUCACAUAUGGGUGCCUGUUCUAAGGAGGAGAUCAGCAAUUCAAUAUCUGCAGCAGGAUUCCAGUUCAUCUGUUCCGAUUUAUGUGAAUCCAAACAUGAAUGUUCAUAACGAGUAUCCGCGACAUCAGCAACAACAGCAACAGUAUGGUUCUCUUUUAGCAUUUCCUGUGUUCGAAAGAGGAAGUGGAACAUGUCUAGGUGUCAUUGAGUUUGUUAUCGCCAAUCAAAACCUCAUCAAUUAUCGUCCACAACUCGAUCAUCUCUCCAAUGCUCUUGAGGCUGUUGAUUUUAGAAGUAGCCACAACAUGAAUAUUCCACCAGCAGUAAAGGUUUUUGAGGAGUUGUACGAAGCAGCGGUGAAUGAGAUCGUAGAGGUGUUGGCGUCUGUAUGCAAGACUCACAAUUUGCCACUAGCGCUAACAUGGGCUCCUUGCAUACAACAACAAGGAGGAGGAAAAGGUACUACCGGUGGUGGUGGAUGCAGUGUUUCGAUUACAGUUCCAACGGAUCAGAUGAACAAUAAUAAUCAUAUGAUGAUGAGUUGCAUAUCGACUGUUGAUUCAGCUUGUUAUGUUGGUGACAUGGAGAUGUUAAGAUUUCAAGAUCAAAUGCAAAUGGUUGAAGAGGAUAAAGACAUAGAAAUGUUGCCAAAACAAAAAUAA